AAGAGAAAACAUAGUAUACACUGAAAUAAAACAUUCUAAAAAUUAAAUUAAACUCUCUGUCUUCUCAAAACACAGGUGGUCCCAACUCUUACCAUAGUCUCUACACAUAGUAUCCAUCAUCUGCUCAGCCAUAGAUCUACCAAUAGAUUUCUUAAUUCCUCAGAUUCUUCUCUUAUUCAUCAAAUACCUCUCAAGGUUGGCAUGUAGUGAGGAAGACUCAACCUCGUGAUUCCUAUGAGAUUGUGAAACAAAUGGAUGAUGAUAUUGUAGACUUAGGAAAUCCUUCUCAAAAGAAACGAAAAAGAACUGAUGAGGUUCAUUAUGAAACCAUUAAAGACUGAAAAUGAAGUGGUAUCAAGUAUGAAGACUACUACCAGAUAUGCAUUCGUCGAGCCAGGUGCUAUACGAAAGGGACGAGGACGAGGAGGGCUUAGAUCUUUGAUUGGGAAACAGAAUAUGCCAACUAAGAGUUUAUUUCCUCAAUCUAAUGAUAUAGUUAAGCAAUACAUCCAAGAAAUUGAAACAAGUGCUAUAGAGAAGGGACGGGGACAGGGGCUUAAAAACUCUACGAUAUCUUCUAGUCAAGGAAUAGGAAUGAUACAUAAAAAUUACAAGGUUCUUGAGAAAGAGUAUAUGGAAAGUGAUAGUCCAUUGCCUCCAUCCACUGAUCAACUUGCGCAAUACACCCAAAAAAUUGAAACAAGUGCUACAGGGAAGGGACGACAACACGAGCUUAAAAACUCUACCAUGUCUGCUUGUCAAGGAAUGGAAACGAUACAUGAAAACUCCAUGGUUCUUGAGAAAGAGUAUAUGCAAAUUGAUAGUACAUUGCCUCCAUCUACUGAUCAAGUAAAUCAAUACACCCAAAAAAUUUGAAAUAAGUGCUACGGAGAAGAGAGGAGGACAAGGGCUUAAAAACUCUGUGAUGUCUUCUAGUCAAGGAAUGGGAAUAACUGAUGUGUUUUUUAAUUGCAUAUAUAACUGAAACUAAAUGCCAAAGCUUAUACUAAUAUGAUUAGUUUUUUCUAGGUGUUGCAGGGAAGGGGCGAUGACAAUGUCUUAAAAACUGUACCAUGUCUGCUUGUCAUGGAAUGGGAACGAUACACAAAAUAUUUCCGCUAGACUCUCAUCCUUUCCACUGUAAACUGAAUCAAAGAGAUGAAACAAGGACAACCAGUGAUGAAUCAAAUCAUAUCCUAUGUGCAUAAGAUCACUGACACCAGAAACAACCAAAUGUCCUAGAACUAUAUAUACUUUGUGAGUUACUACAUAGAACCAUCCCAUUUUAUUUACUAAGCAAAGAGAAUCUAUGGGAUAGUAGAAACAAGUAACCAUGAUGCCAAUUUGUACCAAAUCAUUUCCACAUAGGGUAGGAUAUAUCAUUGGCACAAAAUGCUGCACUUGAGUUUAUGAGACUAGUAGCCUUGUUAUUCCAUGUAAAACAAGGUCCAAUCAACACCAUAGAGAAACUGCAACCUGCAAACCAGAAAAUAAGGUUAUCUGAAAUAAAUACAACCAUCCUCUCCUCCUUAAGGACUUGAGUAUGAUAGUACAACCUCCUCCACUUCGCAAAACCAAUAUCCACCAUCAAUUUUACUUGGAUUUUGUAGACUUAGUUGAUGCGAUAGGGCCUGCCAGUUUUUGUUUUGCUUGUCUCAUUGGUAUUUGUCUUAGAACAAAUUGGUCAGGCACUUUAUCAUCCCAACUAUGAUUUCUACUAUGAGUUUUUGAUUUAUUUUUCCCCACAACUUUUUCCAGCUGUUUAGGAGAUAAAUCCCCUUCCCUUGCUGCAUUAAAGAAAUUCUGUGCGGUUGACUCCUCAUCUAUGUCAUUUCUAGUUUCUUCAAUAUCUGGUACUGCAACUUGUAAAUUUCUUUAGGAAUUUGGAACUGAAACCUGGUUGUGCUUUUUUGGAUUAACUUGAGGAUCAAUUUGCACCACCUGGUUCUGCUUAAUUCUUGUACCUUGUGAAACCUGGUUCUGCCUUUUGGUAGCACUCUUCACCACCUGAUUUUGUUGCUUUGUGUUUGAAGUAGAGUCAAGCUGCACAUCUUGCUCACUAGCAAGUUUCUUAUCAGCACUCUUGUUUUCCUGAUUCGCACCAGAUAGGACUGAUGCAACAUUUUUAAUUGUUUACUGUUGUUGCUUCAUGAUAGGUUUGACAUGUACCUUUGUCAUUUUUUGUUUUUCACCUCGUUUCUCAAGCAUACCGAAUUUGUUUCAGCUUAUUUGCGAUUACUGGUCAUGGUUUGGGUUGUAUUAAAUAUCUUAUCUUUAAUCUAAGUGGUUGAUGCCUUAAAUUCAUGUAUGCACAAUUAGGAAGUGCAUACAGAAGUACUGAGGACUUUUGAUUAAGUCUAUUAUAGCUUUACAAUGCAAAAUAAAUAAUUUUCCUGAUUUAAACAAUUUUAAAGAAGACUCGUAGCCUUCUUUGUAUGGUUUGCAUUUGCUGCAUCUUUAAGUUCAGAGCUCCUUUAUUCUUUUAUAUAUAGAUGGUGCUACUAUUAUCCGUUUCACAAUUCCUAUUAUUUGUGGCAGUCUCGAUUCAAAGUCUGUAACAGUUGUUUAUUUCACAUGAACAUAGUAGUAAUCUUAUUCGGUUAUAAAAAUAGCACGCAGAACCGUGAACACUUCUAACUCUAGCUGUAAGGACUUACUGUUAAAGAAAGUGCAAUUGUUGUUGUGAUGAUGGAAAAAGCUUUAUUGAAGAUAGAUAAAAGAACAAUUUCUACCAAAUGGAAGAGUCUUAUUACUGUUAAAUGUUGUUGCCUUUUUAUGUGUUUCUAGUUUGUGAUCCCUUGUUUGGUACCAGAAAGAUUUCACAGUCUUAUUUGGUUUGUAUUCUCCUUGCUUUAUCAGAGACUUUAGUGGGAGUAUAAAAGAAUUAACAUCUACAUUCUAUGAAUUGUUUUUUAGUUGGGAACAUAUAUUAGAUGAAGAAUAGCAGCGAGUACUUAUAUUUCUAACUUUGCCACUAUAAUAUAUAGAAAUUAAGAGAAGUCCGGUACCAUGUUUCUCUUUAAAUAGGAAACGACACCUUCAGUUCAAAUACUUUGAGAAUUGGGAUGAAAUGGCCACAAAGAGCAUAUAAAGGUUAUGCAGAAUGAUAGAUUAAUGUUCUUGAAGUGGUCCUCUUGGAAACUUGUAUGACUAUCAUCUAAUUAAUGAAGUUUAGCAAAAUAAAUGCAUUGAGGGUUCCAAUGAAAAUUCUACAAGCAUUUUAUAAGUUAGGAGAUGGAAAAUAAAUGACUUCUAGUUUGCACGAUAGAGGAAGAUGCAAGAUAUAGAAAUAUGAGACACAAUUGUUGUUUUAGUUGCGUUUUUAAAAUAGAUUUUGGAUUCUUGGUUAAUGCAUCCCGAAGCUUUUCUAAUUGAUUUUUCUUAUACUCAUGCAGGCUUGAUGAUGUUGUUGGAUUACACCUAAUGAAUUUAGAUUUCUUUUGGGGUAAGCGGUUUCGAAGAUUAAAGUUACAAGUCAAGAUGCAAGUUUAGAAGUUGCACGAACUCAUUAUUAUUUUGCUAGGAAUGUUAUGUAGAACUCGGUAUCAUAGUCUAGCUCGGGUUGUUAGCAAUGUUUUUUUGUUAAGGUGUCGAGCAAAUAUUGAAACUAACAUCAUGCGAUGUUAACCAUUUUGUUGUAACUAAUAUAACUCUCUUCCUCUCUC